CGCGUAGCGGGGGCCGUCUUUGGUCGUGCCACCUACACUUUCUCCGUCCAACUUGCAAUUACACUCUGGGAGUGGGACACUUUAGAAGGGCUCAAGGAGGCUGUUGCUUCCACGUGGGGAGGGCAAUCCAGGGACCAGAGGUGGGAUGGAGCCUGGCCGGACCCACGUGAUGCACCGAGGUGGGGGUCCCGGCCGCGACGGGCGGCCCGGGGGCUGGGGGCUGGGACUUCAGAUACUCUUAAUCCCUAUUGUGACGAGUUCGAACCUGACACAAGGCUUUUCCACCUGGGACCCGACACUUCUAGAGAGUGUCCCCGGAGUUGAGCGAUGGCGUCUCAGCACAGGGGAAAGUCGCUUCGUCUCUCCCCCGGCCUCGAUUUCCCGGUACAACGUAGGGAAACACACUUGGUGAUCUCUCAGGCCGCCGAGGGCGACGGGACACAGGACGCUGCGGCGGCCGGGGCCUCCCGGAGCAGAGCCACCUCCGGUUCCCGGUCCCCAGACGGGCUGUCCCGGGCCAGCGGAGGCGAGGUGGCCGCGCGGGGACGCUCUCGUGGCGCCGCUCCGCCUCGGGUGGCCCUGCUGCCCCGCCCUGGUGUGAUAACUAGGGCUCCUCCUCCUCGUCGUCUUCCUCCCCCUGCCGGUCACAACUCCGGGAACCCAGCCCAAGGCCUGCCUCCCGGACACACCGAGGCUCACGUAGUCUGGUGGCGGCAGCCUCCCCUGCCACCUCCCUCCGGGCAUUCCGAUGCAGCGAGCCAGCUGGAAAGGGGGCUUCCCCGCGGCCCAACAGGCUAGAGAAUUUAAUCCUGAUUUCAUCGCCGACUUCUUCAAUUAGCCCAUUGGAACUGUCAAAUCAGAAUAUCAAUUUGCCAUGGUAAUUAGAAUAAAAAUGGCUUGGCUUUAGUGAGGCAAUAGCGUUGCGUGGGUUUUGGGCCCUACAAGAAUCUUAAGAUAUUUGAGGUGUUUUAUUAGAUUCAUUUUGUUUUCUUGAUAAGAGAAGGUCUAUUAUUUUAGAAAAUAUUAGAAAGUACAAAGCAGGAAAACAGAAAUUUCCUGAAAUCCCAUCACCUGGAAAAUUCUGACAGUUUUAAUUAUAUCACUAGUCUUUUUUCUGUGCAUAUACGUAAUAUUUUUCCCUACAAGUCUAGUCUCUAUGUACAAUUUAUCUUCUCCAUUUUCUACAUUAAUCAUAUAUUAUAAAUUUUUAUGCCAUUUAAAUCUUUUUCCACAUAAUGGUUUUAAUGAUGAUAUUAAAUUGUAUCACAUGGAUAUGGUGCACUUGAUUUAACUGGAUACCUGUUAUUGGUCAUUUAGUUUACUUUCUCACCCCUUUUCCCUCCAUAAUGUUGCACUGAACAUUUUAGUACAUUAACCUUCGCGCAUUUUUAAUUAUUUCCAAGAUUAAUACCUGUAUGUGAUAUUAGAACCGAAAAUGAUGAUUUAGAAAGGUUAUGCCCAUUAAGACUAAUACGGAUAUUUGUAUCAUCUUUUAAAAUUCUUUCCUAACUCACUAGGUAAAAACAGGCAUUGUCUUCUAAUCUGAAUUUCUUAAGUUACUUGUAAUGCUGGACACUUUGCAUAUUUAUGAGCCACUUUUAAAUUUCUUUCAUGAAUUGUCUAUUCAUGCUCCUUGCUCAUUUUUCUACAUGGAAUAUUUGACUUUGUUAUUGUUUUAUAAGAACUCUUUAUAAAAGUAUUAAAACUUCGCUGCCGUGCUUUUUGGAAAAUGUUUUCCCAGUCUUCGGUUUUUUGGUUUUAGUUAUUUUUUUUCACUUAUAGAAAAACAAUUGUUUUUAUGAAGUCAGAUUUAAUUUAAUCUUUAGCAUGAUUCUCUUUGCUUUUUAUUCUUAUAGAGGCUACUUUCACUGUAGAAAAACACAAUUCUUCACUGAUACGAAAGAUUUAAAAACACUAAAUUGCUGGCACUUUUUAAAAGUAAGAUAUACUAGAAUAUAAAAAUCUGUACAUUGAAUGAAAGCAAGUGUGGGUCGGUCUUCACUCCUGAUUCCCAGUCUCUGGCACCAUGCCUGGCACAUAGCAAACACCAAUCAAUAUUUGUGGGAGGAAUUAAUUUCUUUUUAUCGGAGCAAAGCAGUAUUUACCAAACUGCAUUCAGCAAGGUGCUCCACCAAAAAAAAAAAAGACUUUCCUUGUUUGGGAUAAGUUUAGGAAAUUCGGCAAACAGCACGCUGUUUUCAUUAUUCUCCGUGGCCCAUCAGUAUACUGACGGCCCCAACAAGCCCUGACAGGGAAACCCAUGAACUAGUUUUAAAACCAGUGGUUCCAUACUUCUGUGUUUGUUUUAACCUUGGGCCUCUUCCCCCCGCCCCCCCACUUUACACUGUUAAUCUCCCCUGAAACCAAGGUCACACUGGACCACACUUGAGGUAAUAUUGAGCUGUAGCCACGUGGGCAAAGAUGAAGGCAAACGUAGUUCGCUGGUCCCUGUCGGAGGGAUGAGCCUGAACAUCUGUCUGACCUCCUUGCUGUUUCUUUCCUUCCCCUUGGCCAGGGUUCUAGCCUGCUCUAGCCCCGUGAUGGCUGUGGACAUUGAGUGCAGGUACAGCUGCAUGGCCCCCUCCUUGCGCAGAGAGCGGUUUGCCUUCCAGAUCUCCCCGAAGUCAAGCAAACCCCUGAGGCCUUGUAUUCAGCUGAGCGGCAAGAAUGAAGCCAGCGGGACGGUGGCCCCGACCGUCCAGGAGAAGAAGGUGAAGAAGCGGGUGUCCUUUGCAGACAACCAAGGGCUGGCCCUGACAAUGGUCAAAGUGUUCUCCGAGUUUGAUGACCCGUUAGAUAUUCCACUGAACAUCACCGAGCUCCUGGACAGCAUUGUGAGUCUGACAACAGCGGAGAGCGAGAGCUUUGUGCUGGAUUUCUCGCAGCCCUCUGCAGACUACCUGGACUUCAGAAAUCGGCUUCGGACCGACCACGUCUGCCUGGAAAACUGCGUCUUGAAGGACAGAGCCAUUGCAGGCACGGUGAAGGUGCAGAACCUCGCAUUUGAGAAGAUGGUGAAAGUCAGAAUGACAUUCGACACCUGGAAAAGCUUCACAGACUUUCCCUGUUGGUACGUGAAGGACACGUACGCAGGUUCAGACAAGGACACAUUCUCCUUUGAAAUCAGCUUGCCUGAAAAAAUUCAGUCUUAUGAGAGGAUGGAGUUUGCCGUGUGCUAUGAGUGCAAUGGACAGACGUACUGGGACAGCAAUAAAGGCAAAAACUAUAGGAUCAUCCGGGCAGAGUUGAAAUCCACCCAGGGAACAGCCCAGCCACCAAAUGGACCAGAUUUUGGAAUAGCUUUUGACCAGUUUGGAAGCCCUCGGUGUUCCUAUGGUCUGUUUCCGGAGUGGCCUAGUUAUUUAGGAUACGAGAAGCUUGGGCCCUACUAUUAGUGAUGGCCUGGGAUGGAGCCGGGCUGAGUGGGUGCAGAGGAGCCGAGCUGCAUCACCCCAGGAUGGAGAUGGAAGCCCAGAGAAAAGCUGAACUGCCAUCAGGCACAGUUUUUGAAAAGAAAGGAUCCUAGUCACUUUUUUUCUUCAAGCAGGCAAGCCAGCCAGGCUUAGAUCACAGAACUGGGUUCACACUCAGAGGAGAUGGGGGUGCGGUCUGUUUGGCACCCGCGUGGUGGCAAUGAGGGUCCGAGCAGGAUGGUGCUGGAAACAGUCUGGACAGGACCCAGGCCUGCAGGGAGCGCUGGCCAGGCCGGAGGAUGGUGGCUCAGUGACGAGGAGACCCUCUCCCCUUGGGUGUGGGAAGUCAGUCCCCCCGGCCCCCUCUUCCUGUGGUCUUCCCCGCCCACCCAGGGCCUCCCCGCCUGUUGCAGCUGCCCCGUGUCUACGUGGGCUUCACACUUUAUCUCUGUGUGUUUGAUUUUCUUCCACAGUUCAUCUGCAGUUCAGGAAAAGAUAAUAAAGGCAGAUCAGCUCAUGACGGAGACAGGCAUUUCCUUUUUCUGACCCCACUUAGAUAUCCCAGCAGAGGACGACACACCAGCUAUGAAAAGUCAACCGGCUGCUGUGCGGUGUCACCACCCAUGGCAGGCUGGUGCCAGGCAGGACAGUCAGGAGGGGGACACUUUUAGCUCCACCUCUUGGCGCUGGGGGGAACUUUCUAAGCACUCUUACCCUGAGUCACCCGAGGGCUCACUUACAAGACUUGCUGUAACUUGCCAAGCUGGUUUGCCCGUGUCUCUUUCUUCACGAAAGGAUUUUAGGAUCUCUUUUCCUGGAGAGUCAUCUUUUAUGCUGUGCUCAGGACAUUUGGAUUUGCAGAUUAAGUGUAUCCUCGGCACCUUCAGGAAGUGCUUGGUUGUAUCUUGACUGUGAUUUACAACCUCCACGUUGUAAACAGCACCUUACAAGCCCCCACGGACUUUGACUUGGUUGUUCUUACCUAUGGUGUGUGGGUACGUAAAGGGAUAGGGGAGAAGAACCUCACCGAGUUCUCAGAUGUCGUUUUCGCUGUUUGCCAACUCUGAAAUAUCAGAUAUUAUUUGUUCUUAACCACAUUGGACUAAAGCAUUAAAAGUCUGUUAGUUCAUACUGUUGUGAGACUCCUGGGACUUUCCUUGUCAGAUGGACCCCCAAACCCUGUGAUUUUUCUUGGGCAAAAUUGGUUGGUCCUUGGGGGUGUUUAAAAAUAUUUUUACAUGUGUAUUUGUAGAAGGUUGGGGUCUUUUUCUGUUCUGUUUUUGUUUUUGGAGCUUAGCUAAAUGACUGCCUCGUUUU